AUGAGCUGCCAGACUCCCGGCAUCAUGAAGAGUUUUUUCUUUUGGUCUUUGUUUGCUAUAUCAAGCGCGGCGCCAUCGACUUCAGAGGAGGUCUUUAAUAUAACAGUGCUCCACACUAAUGAUAUUCACUCACAUUUUCUUCAAAGUGACAUAAGAGGGGCCAAUUGCUCUGAGAGAAAGGCGAAGGAGAAGAAAUGCUAUGGGGGAGUGCCCAGAAUUGUCACAAAGGUGAGGGAUUUAAAAACGUCCGAAACGAACCCGCUCUUCUUCAACGCUGGAGACUUCUAUCAAGGCACCGUCUGGUACACCGUACUCAAAUACAACAUUGUAGCCCUGGCAAUGGAGAACAUGAUGUACAAUGCUGUGUGUUUGGGCAACCACGAGUUCGAUGAUGGACCCGAAGGACUAGCUCCUUUUCUUGUUAGAAUGCAAAAAGCAAAUGUCACUGUGUUGGGAACAAACCUGAACACAAGCGGAGAGCCAGUAUUCACGAAAGAUAACAUCACGGUAUUGAAGCAUAUAGUAUACACUGUUGAGGGCGUGAAGAUUGGCGUAAUGGGAGUUGUUACUACAGAAACACGAACAAUCGCCAGACCAGGUGGAAUAGAAAUUCUGGACGAGAUUGAGAGCAUUAAAAGUGAAAUCGAAAUUCUGAAGAAACAAGACGUGAAAAUAUUUGCUCUGAUAAGUCACGUGGGGUACGAAGUAGAUAUAAACAUUGCAAAGAAAGUAGAAGACCUUCAUUUUAUUGUUGGUGGUCAUACCAACACGUUUCUUUACAAUGGUGUAAGCCCUGGGAAUGACACACCAGUGGGACCGUAUCCAACGGUUGUACAGAGGGACAGUGGAACUGUUGCACUUGUAACGCAAGAUUUCUGGUUUGGAAAAUAUUUGGGCUAUUUGAAAAUACAAUUCUACAAGAAUGGAACGCUGAAGGACUGGUCGGGAAAUCCUAUUCUCCUAGACAGCUCGGUUGAGCAAGAUAACAAAACCCUAGAGAUGCUGGAACCUUACAGACGGGCAGUUAUAGAGGCUGGAGAGGAGUAUAUUGGUAUCUCUAAGGUGCUGCUCGAAGCCGACCACAAAAUCUGCCGCCUGAAAGAAUGCAACAUGGUGAAUACCAUAGCCGACUCGUUUCUGGCCUACUACGCCGACAGGAACAGCACCGUUCCGGGCGCCUGGUCGGACGUAAAUGCUGCUGUUGUGAACGCCGGAAUUACAAGGUCGUCCAUUAAACAAGGUAUUGUACGCCGAAAAGACAUCAUGGCCGCCAUGCCCUUCGAAAGUUCUCUGGCUGUGCUCACAAUGACCGGACUUCAAUUGCGGAAAAUGUUUGAGCAUGGUAUAUCGAAGUUCACUUGGGCGAACGAUCCUGAGGGAUCAUUCCUCCAGGUGUCAGGGAUGAGGGUUACCUAUAACUUCACAUUUUCUAAAACCUGCAGGACCGACACACUUCAAAUACUGUGUGCCAAUUGCAGCGUACCUAAGUAUGAGAUUGUUCAGCCCAACGGUACUUACAAGAUCGUAACAACAAGUUUCAUUGCCGGUGGUGGAGAUGGAUUCACGUUUGACGAUGAGGUUAAGAAAUCGAUGACCACGGAAGGGCGAAUGGACGUGGAAGUUUUCACGGAGUACUUUCGGAAGAUGUCUCCUAUAAAAACACCGGAAGAGGGGAGGAUAGUAAUGUACAACAACAAAAGGCCAGAUGGAACAAACUCAGGUGGCCUUUAUCCAGAUCGUUUGAAAAUCUAA